AUGGGUUUUGGAGAGGUGUGGUGGAUGAAGUGGAUGGAGGCGUUGAUUUUUUCUAGCAAAAUAUUGGUUCUUGUUAACAGUAGUCCAACUAAAGAGUUUAUGGUGGAAAGGGGGUUACGGCAAGGAGAUUCUCUUUCUCCUUUCCUCGUUGUUAUAGUGGCAGAAGGAUUAAAAUUUUUGGUGAAUAAAGCGGUGGAAAGUGGUGAUUUCGUCGGAUGUUACAUGAAAGGUAAAUGUUUUGCAGAUGUCCUUCAAUUUGCGGAUGACACUUUAUUGGUGGGGAACAAAAGUUGGAAGCAUCUUUGGGCAAUCAAAUCGGUUUUGAGAGGCUUUGAACUUGUUUCAGGGCUCGGUAUUAAUUUCAAUAAGAGUAAGCUUGUUGGAAUUAAUAUUAAUUCUCAUUUCUUGGAAGUGGCUACAGCUUUUCUUUGUUGUAGGACGGAGUCGAAUGAGUUUUCUUUCCUUGGUAGUUUACCUAUUUUUACUCUAUCUUUUUAUAAGGCUCCUAAGAAGAUAAUUCGGGAGAUCAACAAAAUUCAAAGUAAUUUUCUUUGGGGUAGUGUGGAGGAGAAAAGGAUAAUUCAUUGGAUGAGUUGGAACGACGUUUGUCUUCCGGUGGACAAAGGAGGUCUCGGAUUAAGUAAAUUGGAAGAUUUUAAUACGGCUCUACUUCUCAAGUGGAGAUGGAGAAUUUUGGAAGCUUCAAACUUUUUAGGGUAUUGUAUUUUGAAAGCGCGUUACAGGGACAUCAUGUUACAGGUUGCGAUUGAAGGAGGGAAGUUAGACAAAUAUAGUUAUAAAUCGGUUUGGUGGUCGGAUAUCAUUUCUUUGGAGAAGAGGCUUCUGGAAGAAUUUUUGCGAAGAAUUUCAUUUUCCAUGUCGGCGACGGGACGUAUCCAUUGCCGGCAUGGGAGGUUAGAUCGAAUGGGUGUGGUGUUGGAAUGA